AGCUAAAGCAAAUACGCACUUUAAAUGUGGGAUCAUACUGGAUUCGGGUUUUCCACUGAAAUAUCCUUUCGUUUUGAAUAUUGAUUUUCCUCUAAGAAUGCAAGUCGUCGGUUGGAAUCGAGACUUGAACUGUUCAUUUAAUCAUGUGAGUAAAUGCCCAUUAAAUCGUACAAGCUGGGAAAUAUCAGUAGGCCAAUUUUCGUGCAACUGCAGCGGGAACAUGUUGACGUAUCACUGCCUUGCAACAGAGGAUGGGAAAAAUCUCACGGAAGGCUGCUCGAAAUCGACACUUAUUAUGCAGGGGAAUUGUCCUGUGUUUGGAAAGGAAAAGGAAAUCAGCUUCAAAUCGUGCCUCUCGAAUUCCCUCUGUCCUAACUCAUCAUACCAAUCUAAUGAUGUUUACUUAUAUCCAGAGUGCUUAAAUGAAAAAAGGAAAAUUUAUCCCGAAGUGCGAGCAACAAAAGAUGAAUAUUUUCCAAUUUAUCUGAUUAUAACACCUCUGAUUUGCAUAGUACUUCUAGUUGCUUUGUUGAUGUGGUUCAUCAAAAAAAGAAGAAAAAGAAUAAACAGAUUACGCCGAUGUAUCUAUAGACAAGAGAUGAAUGCUACGCUACCUUCAGAGCUCAACAAAAUAAAACUUUUAAUUAUUGGACCAACAAGCAGUGGUAAAAGCAGCACAGGAAAUACUAUUUUGAAUAAACUAUGCUUUAAAACAGGAAUAUCAAGCAGUGGAAUAACAUUUCAUUGUAAGGAAGGAGCUUCGAACAGAUUUGGAAGAAACAUCGUUGUCUUGGACACUCCUGGAUUUUCUAAUUUGACAAAAGGAGUCCGAAGAACUAGUUUGAUUCCUGAUUUUAGAUCCGACGCCGUCCUUCUAGUUUUGGACCUAUCCAGAUUUUCGGUUGACCUGGAGAAGGACUUGCAAAAUGUUCCUUAUAUUUUUGGUGAUAAUAUUUUCGAUAAUAUGUUUAUAGUUUUCACAAGGGAGGAUGAACUACAACGAAACUGCAUUUCUCUACAUGAUUUUAUCAAUACGUUCCCUGAUUCUAUGCUAGCAUUAAAGGAACAAUGCCAUGGCAGGAUAAAAUGUGUCAACAAUUUAAAGACUGGUUAUGAAAACACAGCUUUUGUUGAGGAGUUAGUGAAGGAAAUAGAGAAUAUGAAGAGAAGAAAUCCGCAUGAUUAAACUUGCGCACAGCCUGCUUGUACAUCGACAUUUCUAUAAUGUUAUAAUUUUGCCAU